CCGCUUUGGUCCAUUUAUGUGCGCGCUCCUUCCACGCUCUCGCAGAGGACUCGCGGUAAAUUGUGUGUGAGAGGAGCACAGCAUCACAGCUUGUUGAAGGUACAUCUACCUUGCAGCACACUUGUGAAGAUGGCAUCCGCUGAAGACAUUCAGGUCAAGGAGCUCGACAAGCGGGCCUCUGGACAGGCCUUUGAGGUCCUUCUGGGUGCUCCUGCCCCAGACUCAAAGGGUGAGUUCCCUCUGUCUCCUCCCAAGAAGAAGGACGUCUCGCUGGAGGAAAUUCAGAGGAAGCUGGACGCUGCUGAGGAGAGACGUAAGAAUCAUGAAGCCGAGGUUCUGAAGCACUUAGCUGAGAAGCGCGAGCAUGAAAAGGAGGUGCAACAGAAAGCUAUGGAGGAGAACAACAACUUCAGUAAGAUGGCAGAGGAGAAGCUGAAUCAGAAGAUGGAGGCCAACAAAGAGAACCGCACAGCAAUUAUGGCAGCGAUGAAUGAGAAAUUCAAGGAGAAGGACAAGAAAUUCGAAGAGGUGCGAAAGAACAAGGAAACCAAAGAAGGCGCUUCGGAAGACGGCGCUUCACAAGACUGAAAGUUACAAACGGGGGAUUGUAUAGGGUUUUUUACGUAUCCAAAGAUUGAUUUAUUUUUUGUUCGGCCAGUAUUUUUGUUGUGUUCUCACUACCCACCUUUUUGAAAUAAGAAGUUCCACUUUGUGAAUUUUUUCAAUUCUCCUGCUAUAAGUGUACUUGCGCUGGUUUUACAUGUGGAUCGUUUCCCUCUUGUUGAGUCUAAUCCAUUUGAUAUGUAGCUUGUCAGUGCAGCUUCUGCCCUUUUUGACAAUUAGCAGUGUGUACUUACCCUUUUUGAGGAAGCAUGUUUCUAUGCAUAGGUCUUUUAUCCUUGCCUAUUUCAUAGUGCGUUUUGAAACUGUCCCUGUGAACCACACCUGUUCUUGGCACUUACUGUAUAUUUAAAAAAAAAAAUACAAAAAAGAUGAGUAGCACAACAUUUGACGAAGGCGUUGGCUGUUAAUAUCCAUGCAGGUGUCUAGUGCAGCUUUGCUACCUGCUUGCUUUUGCUCCUGCCAAUCAUGUUUUUUUUGUUUUUUUUUUUGUUCUUUUUUUUUUUUUUGUGCCGCUGCUGAUCCUUUUGGCUUUUUGUAAAAAUAUGGGGUUCUCUUCAAAGCACAUGACUCUUUGCUGUAUAACUGUGAAUUUAACAUGCCAGACAUGGAAAAUGGAUGCCACCUGGAAUAUCGCUGAACAAACGGGGGUCUACACAUGGAAUGCAAAAGAGCAAUACACUUUGGCAUCUCAAUAGAUACAGUGGCUAGUUGACUUGAACUGUUGUACUAAAACAAAUAAAAAAAGACGUAAACACA